AUGACGACUCUAUCCUCGAUUGCGCGCAGUUCUGCGUCGGUCGCCACAUCAUCCCCCAUAAAACCGAUCCUACGAAAAUCCACCUCGGUGCUGGGCACGCGAUCACGAUCCGAGGACUCGGAUGGGGCAGACGAGGAUGAACCCCCGACCAAGCGACAGAAAAAAACAGUCGUCUUCAACGAAGAUUUGAAUAUGAUCAAAGAGAUUAACAGCAAGAGCCUGGAGGAAGCGAAACGCGAAGUGCGCCAAGCGCUGGAGGGGCACAGCCGCGGAGACGACGAGGACUACGACAACCUAAAGGAUAUUUUCCUACCAAAGAAUGUCACACCUAACGACGACGAGGACGAGGACGAGACGACAAAACCCCAAGACUUGAUUGUCUACGUCGUGGCGCUGACGGGAUACGUGCCGCUGCUCGGCCGGUCGUGCUCGGGUCUGCUGCGCAGUGUGCUGCGGUGCAACUGGCUGGAACGGGACGAGAACUUCGCGCGGGCAUACAUUCAGCUGUUGGCCGCGCUUUCGUCGGUGCAAGGAUCCCUCUUUACACAGGCGCUCACCAUGAUCGUCGACAAGUUUACCGAGACACGGCAUACGUCAAGCGCGCCGGGCUUCGAGCCAGUCGACCCGGAAACCAAGAAAAAGUGGCUACAUGUCGGGCUGAAGUACCUCCUCGAGCUGUUCCCGGCGGGGCAACACAUAAUUCUUAGCUUGGUCGCGUCCAAGUUUCCGUUCACCGAGGCAACAAAGGCGACCCAUAUGGAGUUCAUCGACCACCUGCUGCGUCUUAAGGCUGCGAGGCCAGGGCUGGAACGGGAUAUCAUGGAGCUGAUUCUCUCGAGACUGGUCAAGCUGGAUGUGGAAAUGACGCUGGAUCUGGAGAAUGACGACGACGAGACGACGAGGGCGGUGCUGCGCCAACUGGGAGCGUCUGAUGCGAAGAACGAGGAAGACGAUGACGAUAGCGAUGCCGAUUCCGUCCUCAGCGACGACGACGAUCUCAACGAACAGGCUAAACGCGUGCUCACGGUCAAGAAUAAGCUGGAGACGAUGGACGCCAUUCUCGAUCUGCUGUUUUCGAUUUACGACCCGAUAUUUGAGGACCCAGAGAGCCCCGAGGCAACCGAGGCGUUCCAAGACUUGUUGAGCGACUUCUCGAAUGUCAUUCUGCCGCAUCUCAAAUCAAGGCAUACUCAAUACCUACUCUUCAAAUUCGCCAUGAAGUCCCAGCAGCUCAUGGAGAUGUUCAUCGGGACGCUGUUCAACCUUGCAUUCGAGUCGAACCGGCCACCCGUCGUUAAGCAGGCUGCGGUUGCUUACUUGGCAAGCUUCACCGCGCGCGGGGCCAUGGUUCAGAGCGAACAGGUGCAGUUGAUUACCAAGACGUUCCUCGAUUAUAUGGAUCACUACCGUGCCGUCCACACUGGCUGCCGCGGGCCAGAUGUAAGGCGAUAUAGCCAGUAUUAUGCAUAUUUCCAGGGGUUGCUUUACAUCUUCUGCUUCCGGUGGCGCGACCUGAUCGACCAGGACCUGCUCCCCUCCAGCCUCGACUGGGACGACCCGGCUUCUUUUGUUGGACAGGAGCUGCCUUGGAUGACGGGGCUCAAAUCUCGCCUCCAAGCCAACAUCGGCAGCAAGCUCAACCCUCUCAAAUGCUGCUCCCCGAUAAUCGUCGACGAGUUUGCCCGCCUCUCCCACCACCUCCGGCUGAUGUACAUCUACCCCCAAAUCGAAAAGAACAAGUCCGUCCACCUCUCGCAGUUCUUCACCGGCAGCUACGCGACCGGCGGCGCCCUGCGCGACUCCGGGUUCGAGUUUGAUGACGAAAAAUGGACCCAUCUCGAGGCCUGCUUCCCCUUCGAUCCCUUCCAGCUGCCCGUCGCCAGGCGCUGGCUCGACCUCGAGAGCAGCUAUGUCGCGUGGCGGCCUAUGGCGCUGUUGGAUCGGGAGGGAGAGGGAGAGGAAGAUGAGGAUGGGGGGGAGGAGGACAGUGAUGAGGAGGGGGAGGAUACAAGCAUAUUCUGGGCGUUUUGGGUAUUCGGCGGGGAACUUAUGGCUGAGAAUACAGUGAUGGCAGAUGACAGCGAGUCGAAUCGGCCCUCGUUCUCAACAUUUUGGAGGAAAUCUAAAGAGACGCUGGGCGGGAAAAAGAUUCGGUUUGUGGAAAGCAAGCCUGCAGGCGGUACCCCAAGUAGUGGUGCAUCGGGUGCCCAAGAUGAUGCAAGCACCGAAGCAUCACUGGACAAGACUCAGGCCCGCAGAGCCCAAGUCCGGAAGGCUCAGGUCCAGCACCGACAACGGAAGGCGAAUUAUGUCAAGCAGCUCGAGAUGGAUGUUGCCCGCAUCCGUGAGAUGAUCGAGGCCGCUGAGCAAGAGACCAAGUCUCUCUUGGACGAAAACAAGGCCAUGAGGGCGCAGAUCUUACACGCCAUGAGCAAGAAGGCGGCACCCUUGACUCUGGACCAAGGGGUACAUCUCUUGCAGGAAAUGCCCCAACCAUGUGAACUCAGUGAUGCCGGGAAGGCUUUGCAACAGCAAGACUACGCCCCGCCCCCGCCAGACACCGUCUAUACCACCCCGCUCAUCGGCCACGACGGCCACGGGCACACCCUCAUGGCGACCAGCCUCGCGCUGCGCGACGCGCCUGAACACAUCUUCAAAGCCGCCUCUCGCAGCGACCGCCUCCUCUUCCCCAGCACGAAGCCCAUCGCUACUAAUUUCGAGGCCUAUUGGUGCUGCACCUCGCUCACGCUACGCUCCCUGCACGGCCUCGCCUCGUCGCUCAACCCCAACGACGGCGUCGAGGUGGCGCCCGUGCAGGCGUGGUUCGAGCUGGUGGGGCGGUUCGGCGCGGAGCGGGUCAUGGCGACCGGGGUGCUGGAGCGGCUGAAGCGCGAGUUUGUGGGCGUGGUCAAGUGUUUGCAUUAUGGGGCGAGUAUGGAGAGGGGGGCGUUUGAGAGCGUGGUGGGGAGGGUUUUGGGGGCGGGGUGA